AAAGGCAAUGUUAAGUGUCACAAAUCAUGGCAUUUUGCAUGACAGUGCAUUUACAUUGCGUCUCUCCUUUAUAAUUUCAAACACUGAAAACAAGUGAAAGACAUAUCUCUUCUUCUUCUUGUAGUUGUUAUGAAUUAUGGCUUAUCUUCCUAAUGGUGCAUUUUUUGUCAUCGCGUCAGUUUUUCUCAAUCUCAUUGCCACUGCUUUUACAUGCUCCAGUGGCCAGUGCAAGCUCCAAGAAGAAUGCUCCUCUGAUGCAGAUUGUGAGGCUGGAUUGUUCUGUUUGUCUUGUUCUUUACAAUUUGAUGGCUCAAGAUGUGUAAGAUCGGCCAUUACAGACCAGUUCAGGCUUCUGAACAAUUCUCUACCUCUCAACAAAUAUGCAUUUUUGACAACUCACAACUCAUUUGCCAUCGAAGGAGAGCGCCGCCGUACUCCAAUUCCUAGACUUACCUUUACAAAUCAAGAAGACAGUGUCACAGAACAAUUGAAUCAUGGAGUUCGAGCCUUAAUGCUUGACACAUAUGAUUUUGAUGGAGAUGUAUGGUUGUGCCAUUCAUUUAAGGGAAAAUGUCAGGACUUUACAGCAUUUGAACCUGCUUUAGACACUCUGAAGGAAGUAGAAGCAUUUCUUUCAGCAAAUCCGUCAGAAAUUGUGACAUUGAUCUUAGAAGACUAUGUUGAAGCACCAAAUGAAUUAACAACAGUUUUCACUAAUUCAGGCUUAAUGAAGUAUUGGUUUCCAGUGUCAAAAAUGCCUCAGAAUGGCCAAGAUUGGCCACCAGUAAAGGACAUGAUCGCCAAUAAUCAAAGGCUCAUCGUGUUCACUUCCAAAAGAUCCAAGCAAGAAACUGAAGGAAUAGCUUAUCAAUGGAACUUCAUGGUAGAAAAUCAAUAUGGGAAUGAUGGGCUGAAGAAUGAUUGUACUAACAGAGGCGAAUCAGCACCACUUAAUGACAAAACUAAAUCUUUAGUUUUAGUAAAUCAUUUUGGAUCAGUUCCACUCAAGGAGAUUGCUUGCUAUGAGAAUUCUGGAAGCCUUAUUAAUAGCCUUCGCACAUGUUAUGGUGCAGCUGGUAACAGAUGGGCUAAUUUUGUUGCUGUUGAUUAUUACAAGAGGAGUGAUGGAGGUGGAGCAUUUCAAGCUGUAGACACACUGAAUGGGGAGCUCUCCUGUGGCUGCACUGAUGUACAUGCAUGCAUGGUAAGAUGCCUUUCUUCCAAGUUCAAUACUUCCCGCCAUUUUAAUCUAUACACAUCCACAUUCAAACCCUUCUUCUUUUUCUUUUUUUCUUUUUCUUGCAGGUCGGAUCAUCGUUAA